GGUUGGGAACUUCAGAAUAUGGUGAGGAAAAAGCUUGGUUUAUAUGUUGGUAAGGCUGUUUGUUUGAAGGCCAAAAAGAUUGUUUUGAAAGAGAUAAUGGGGGAUCAUGUGGCUGAGUUUGGUAGGAUUAUGGACUAUAGGGAUAUGCUACUCAAAACAAAUCCUGGUAGCACAUGUGCAAUAAAAUUGACAGACACAGAUGAUGGGAAGAAGCAAUUUGCCAGUUUCUACAUUUGUUUUGCUGCUAUGAAACAGGGGUUUAUGGAGGGUUGUAGGAGAUGUAUAGGAUUAGAUGGAUAUUUUUUAAAAGGUGUUUGUAAAGGGCAACUGCUGGCAGCAGUAGCAAAGGAUGGGAAUAACCAAAUGUUCCCAAUAGCUUGGGCUGUGGUAGGCACUGAAAAAAAGCAAACUUGGAGUUGGUUCCUCAGGCUACUACAAAGUGAUUUGAACCUGGGAGAUGGCAGGGAGCUCACAAUGAUAAGUGACAUGCAAAAGGGCCUAUGUUCAGCUGUUGAGGAAAUUUUACCUGAGUGUGAGCACAGAAUGUGUGCUAGACACAUUCUGGCAAACUGGGCUAUAAAAUGGAGAGAGAUUGAAAGGAGAAAAAGAUUCUGGAGUGUUGUUAGAUCAACAUUUGAGUCUGAAAUGAAAAGAAAGCUAGAUGAUCUUGAUAAAUUGGGUCAUAACAUUUGUGAAGACCUAGUUAAAUACAACAAAGAAAGAUGGUGCAAAGCAUUCUUUCAAACAUUUUCCAAGUGUGACAGUGUUGACAAUAACAUGUGUGAAAGCUUCAAUGCUUGGAUAUUGGGUGCUAGGCACAAGACAAUCAUAUCAAUGCUAGAGGAAAUAAGGGUCAAAGUGAUGAGUAGGGUAGCAAAGAUGAGGGAAUUUGCUGAAACAUGGCAGGAUGGUGUAUCUCCAAUGGCCAUGAUGGUGUUCAAUACUAAUGUUGAGAGGUCAAUGAAGGUUGACUUCAUGUUUAAUGGAGAUACUGGAUUUGAACUCAAAGAUGGUCCAUGCAAGUUCAUUGUUGAUCUAAGAACAGGUUAUUGCAGUUGCAGGUCUUGGGAACUUAAAGGCAUUCCAUGUCCACAUGCUAUAACAUCAAUGCACUUCAAGGAAAUUGAUCCUUCAGAGCAUAUUGUACACUGGUACAGGAAAGAGACCUACAUGAAGGCAUAUUCACACUUAUACAACCAGUUCCCAACAUGAUAAUGUGGCCAGAAAGUACUAACCCCAAGGUAUUACCUCCUCCAGUUCAAAAUAUGCCUGGAAGGCCAAGAAAAAAUAGAAGAAAGGAAGUUGGAGAAAUAAAAAGAGUUGGAAAAUUAUCAAAGAAGGGAAUGACUAUGACAUGUUCCAUUUGCAAAGCAAGUACUCAUAAUAAAAGGAGUUGUCCAACAAGACCAACAAGCAAUCAAGAGACUGCUAACUGUUCACAACAAUCAACAACAAAAAAAUCACAAAAGAGAGGCAGAAAGGAAUCUGACAAUGCAUCUACAAGUAAGGCAUCUACUGGAGCAAAAUCUGGGGGGGCAAGAAGCCACUACAAGAGGCCUAGGCUUCAAGGACAUGGUGUAUUUGUUGCACAAUCUGGUUUUACAAGUAUUAAUCAUGGUUUGCCUACGGCCAGAAAGGUUUAUACUGGCCCUUUAAUUGAUUCUAGCCAUGUUACUGGUGAUAUUGGAUAUAAGCCUUCUAAAGGUUUGAAAUGGAAAGGGAAGGAAGCUGUGACUCAGAGACAACUUCAAGAACAAGCUGCAAUGGCUAGAAUCAAGACAAGGUCCCAAUCCGGUGGAAUGCAAACAAGAUCCAAGGUUAUGGGAAAAUCUCCCUCCAAGAAGACCACUUGAAUUCGUGUACUGUUUGGAUGUCCAAUUUGAUAUACAAGACUUCUUUUUUGUUGAAUUGAUGGGGUGGCUGUUUUUAGUUGAAUAUGGAAUGUCUGUUUUUGUGGAUACUAAUGGGUACUAAACUUUAUUUUGUGAAGUUGUUUGUCAUGUAAUGUCUAGCUGUAUAUGGACAGCAAAUGUUAACUCAAUUGUUAGGUGUUAAUUACCUAUUAUGUUGACAAAA